AUGUUAAGCUUUGCGGGUCAGGAAUUUAUUCCUGAUAUUAACCUGGCUUUUGACAUGAGGGAUACGGUAAUCGCACACGACAUCCUGAGUUUCGCAUUCAAGUUCCGUGUGGAUGUCGCCGAGAUCACAUUGGAAUCCAUUCAGGAGCUUCUGUUGAGAAAGCCGCAAGAGAAGGUCAACUGGGACGAGCUGAGCCGCAAGGCGGGCGCCGAGGAUCUCACCCUGCUGGCCUACGUCAACUGCCCCGACACCGAUACAGUGGACUCCCUAGCCAACAUCUUGACGGAUGCCGAUCUGUUCCUCACGCCACCAGACGACCUGAAUCCCCUGGAGGCCAAUGGCCUGAAGACUCCACCGCAGGUCCUGGUGCACACCGGCUUCCUCCGCGCCUACAUGAGCAUCCGCGCGACGAUCAUGUCGAUUCUGGAUCUGCUCAUUUUUGACCAGCAGUAUCCGGCAGGGACAGAUGGCCGCGCCUCCUCCACCACCGUCGUCUUCACGGGACACUCGCUAGGCGGUGCUCUGGCAACGCUGGCGACAUACGACUUGAGCGCCCGCAAGCAGGAAGGGGUCUUCACUGGCGAUAUCCUGUGUUACACCUUCGCCAGCCCCCGCGUGGGCAACUUGGUGUUCAUGAACGAGUUCAAUAAGCUGGCUUCAAAUGCCUGGCGUUUGACCAACACCAAGGACCUGAUCCCCAGGCCUCUCCUGCAGGGCGCCCGCGACCCCAACUUCAAGUACUACCAUGUGGCCGCCCACUGGGAUCUGCAGACAGCGGAGAACGACCCCAAUGCUCACGUGGGCCUUAUUGCGGAUUCCGGCCCACGCCGGCUCCCGGUGCAGUUUACCUACACGGGAAUCAAGGAGGGCAUUGAAAACCACCUGGGGGUUGCAUAUUACAACGGGCUUUGGAACUAUUUCAAGCUGGAACCGCCCCGGGAAACGGUCGACCGGGCCCAGCCACAGGCGGCUGAGGCCCUGGCAGAGCCCCCAACCCAGGAGGCUCCUGCUGCACGAGCACCGCCGCUUUCAGGCGUCCGCCGUUUUUUAACAUGCUUCAGCGGCUGA